AUGCAUAUGGGUGAUGUUCCGCAGGGGGGUGAAGAAGCUGAGAAGGAUGCAGCCGUAGGAGGAGAAGUUACAAAAAAGGGUGGCAGCCAAGUUGAGCAGAAGGGAAGCCAUGAUCUAACCGCGGGUGGUGGUGACGCAGGAUGGGGCAACUCGGACGGGUGGCACGCGGAGAAGCAAGCAGAGAAGCAAGCAGAGAAGCAGGCGGAGAACACCGCAGAGGAACCCGCAGAGGAGCCCGCGCGGGAGGCGAAGAAAGUGCGGAAGAGCCUGGACAAGGCUGGUAAAGUGGAAAAGGGGAAACUCCAAAAGAAGAGGGCGACGGAUGUCAAAGGGGAGGCGAAGAAGAAGGACAAAAAGGUAGCCGCGAAGAAGGACAAAAAGGUAGCCGCGAAGAAGGGGGCCAAAAAGGUAGCUGUGAAGGAAACCAAAGCGAUGGCUGCGAAGGGGGCCAAGGCGACCGGGAAGGGGAAAAAAGGGGAGCCGAGCCGAACGGACGAUCCCCUCUUAACCGACUCGGAAGAGGAGCUCUACAACGAUGACAACCUCUUCAUGCCCAGGGCGCUAAAGAAGAAGGCCCAUAAAAAGGGCAACCAAAAAAGUGAGACGAGUGACCAUAAGCGAAAGGCAGCGACCAGCCAAAUUGGCAAAAAGAAACACGAGCAGGGGGGGCAGCGGGAGAAGCGGGAGAAGAGGAAGAAGAAACGGAAUAAGAUGAAGAGCAAAUUCUGCACAGCCCAGUGCCUACCCCUUGGUCAGUACGAGGAGGCAUUCGAGAAGGAGCUCGCUUCCUACGCCACCAGCGGUCUUAAAAAAUAUUUGAAGUUUUUAAAAAAUUACAAAACUACCGUGGGGGUGGUGGAAGACAAGGUGGGCAUGGAGGGUGAGGAAAAUGGCCUAGGUGGGUAUGAGGCGCAAAAAUACGUAUAUGACGGUGCCCACCAUUAA